UUUCCCAACUGUUAAAUCAAGAACAAUUCGCGUUUCACUCGUACAAACGCGACCUACUGAUCUACACUCGGUGAAAUAUGACAAAAUCAUGUGUAAAAGUGAAAUUAUGUUAAGUAUCAUUGCUGUCUCCUUGAGGAUUAGCUCGUUUAGAAACUGAUUGGACGAACUGAUCAAACGCUUUGAGACUCGACGGAGUGGUUUAGCAACUAGCCUAGCAAUGACCAACUUUUACUGAUCUUAUACUCAAUAAAAUAUGGAGACGUUUGUUUUAUUUGUACUAGCUACGUUACUCGUGGAAGGUGUGUUUGGUUAUAUGGAUGAAGUGAAGUCAGUGUCAGUGAUGGAGGGAGAUUCUGUCACUUUAUACACUGAUCUUACUGAAAUACAGAAAGCUGAGCUGAUACUCUGGACAUUUGGAUCUGGAAACACUCGUAUAGCUCAGAUCAACCGAAUGUCCCACAAGAUCUCAUUAUAUGAUGAUGUUCUUGAUGGGAGAUUCAGAGACAGACUGAAGCUGGACAGUCAGACUGGAUCUCUGACCAUCACAAACACCACAACUCAACACGCUGGACUCUAUCAACUACAGUUCAUCGGUGGAAAACAGGUCACACCCAAGAAAUUCAGUGUUAUUGUUUCUGCUCAUCUACCCGUUCCUGUCAUCAGCAGAAACACUUCACAAUGUUCAUCAUCAUCAUCAUCAUCAUCAUCAUCAUCAUCUUGUUCAUUGUUGUGUUCAGUGGUGAAUGUGGGUCAUGUGACUCUCUCCUGGUACAAAGGAAACAGUUUAUUGUCCAGCAUCAGUGUGUCUGAUCUCAGCAUCAGUCUCUCUCUACCUCUGGAGGUGGAAUAUCAGGAGAAAAACAGCUACAGCUGUGUGAUCAACAAUCCCAUCACAAACCAGACCACACAUCUGGACAUCAGCAAACUCUGUCAACCAUGUUCAGCACCAGGUUUGUCCGCAGGUCAUAUAGCAUUGGUUUGCUUUAGUGUUCUGGCUGUGGUUCUAGUUUUGUGUGGUAUUUUCUUUUACUAUCACCACAGGAGGUCUACACAAGCAGAUCAUCAGAGCAAACCUUAUGGAGAAGAAAAUAUUAGGCUAACUAAUGCAGAUGGAGAAACACCGGAACAGGAGAGACAUUCACAAAACGGUACUUUUGUGGAGAAAGAUGAAAUUAAGUCUGUGUUAGCAAUGGUGGGAGAAAGAGUCACGCUACACACUGAUCUCACUGAAAUAAAGGAAGAUGAGCUGAUACGGUGGAAGUUUGCAGAUUCCAAAGUAAACAAACUCGCUGAAUUUUUUGUCAUAGCCAAAUGGGAUAAAACAAACAAUGAGGAAUACCCACAUGAUGACCACAAAUUCAAAGACAGGUUACAUCUGGACCACAAUACUGGAUCUCUGAUCAUCACAAACUUCACAAAUGAACUCUGUGGACAUUACAAACUGCACAUCACCAGCGAGGGAAAGAAGAUCUCAAAGACUUUCAGUCUUGUAGCUCAUGACCCAAAGAAGAGACAGGGUACAAUCCUGAGGAGAGAAACUUGCCCUUGAUAGCAGAAUGAGAGUAUAUGUAAUCCAUAUUUCAGUUCAAUUGCCAAAAUAAUGGAACAUAGUUCUUCUUAUUUAUACAGCCACCUAAAAACCCAAAUAUACUUUGUGUGUGCAGUCUAAGCUGACAAAAACUGAUGUCUGACAGGAGACAGUGGCUUAUUACUGUAAACACAACAGUAAACAGCUAAACCAUUGUCACACUGCACGCAAAUGCUGAAAAACAGUCCAUUUGUAUUAUAACAAUAUUAUAAUAUUAUACAAAUUCUUUCCCCUUAUAAUUUUUCAUGCAUUCACAAGGUGUCCUGGAAGAACAUCAAAAUGCAUAAAUAUUCAUACAUAAAUAUUCACAUUGUAUUUAUUAUUUUAACAGCUUUUUAAAUUUAUUUUAAAUUUAGCAAAUAUUUUAAGUAUAUAAAGCUAUCAAAAAUAUUUCUGCAGCUUUGACUGAGCCAGAUGAACUGAAGUCAGCAAUGGCGGGAGAUUUAAUUUGUGAAAGAAACGGUGCUGUUUGAACAUCUAAAUGUUACGUUGUUUCAAACUGUGAAUGAGAGACUGCAAUUUCAGCCUUGUUAAGAACAAAAAGUUUUUAUUCAAUUUUUAUUUUUUUUAUAAUAAUAAUAAUAAAAGACCUGUCUUAUGUUAUUGUGUUGUGUCUAUCAAAUGCAACGAGAAAGUCUAGAUAUGCGUAUAUAUUGAUAAAACUUCUGGUAUUCUU